AUGAAUUAUUUUAACAGCCAAUCAUUGAACGUUGUAUGCAAAACGUUCUUCUUUCUUGUUUUUCAUAUCAUUUCUUUAACCUUUCCUCACACCUUAUAUCUCUCGGCUGUCCCUCCAUCCUUUAAAUCUACAUUCAUCACUAAGAUCUUAGAUUUAUUCUUUUCUACCUGUUACUAUUCUUGUUAUUUUUCUUAUAAAAAUAAUAAUAAUUAUUUGUCUAUGCCCAUGUUCUUCUUCGUUCUUUCUUUCAUAUCGCAUCGACCAAAUGCUUUAAGACUCAAUCCUUUUCUUGUUUCUCUUUCUUUCUCCCUUUCCUUAUUUUUACCCAUUUUCUUCUUCUUCUUCUUCUUCUUCUUCUUCUUCUUCUUCACAACUUAUCCAUUCUUCUUCUUCUUCUUCUUCUUCUUCUUCUUCUUCUUCUUCUUCUUCUUCUUCAAUAUUCUUUUUAAAUAUUUAACGUCAAUUGAAUUGUAUGUGUUUGCUGCAUUAGUCAACUCAUAUCUGUGCCGGGAUGGUGACCGGACGACCCGGCAGGCUAAAGCAAGGGGAAAGGAAGGCAGCUGA